CCUAUAAUAAUCACACUAAUUGAUUUUCUUUUUUUUAAAUAAAACAAUAAAAGGAAGAAAGAAAGGAAGUAAGAAAGAACGCGCGAACGAACCAUUCUAAUAAUAGGCUAAUGAGGUUAGGUGUCACGCCUCCUGAAGCAACACCGGCAGAGUGCCCUGCUGGGGGUAAAGCCGGCCCCUCGCCUCAGAGGCGCUCCUGAGACUCACUCGCACUCUGCACUCAGAGAGUCGAGCGGAGCGCUGGGGAACAUGGCUGCACACACAGCUCUCACUUUCGGGACUAUUUUCACCUCUCUCUCGGUCCUGCUGUGCGGGACCAGUGCGGAGCUGGUGACCGUGGUGGGGGAGAAAGUUGUACCGGAAUCUGCGCUCCAGAAACCCAAAAUCUUAAUAGCGAUUAUCGCGAGGAACAGCGCCCACAGUUUGCCCUUCUACCUGGGCUGCAUCGAGAGGCUGGACUACCCGAAGGACCGGCUCGCUAUCUGGGCGGCCACAGAUCACAACAUUGACAACACGACGGCGCUCCUGCGCGAGUGGCUGAGGAACGUGCAGGAGCUGUACCACUACGUGGAGUGGAGACCCAUGGAGGAACCACAGUCCUACACAGAUGAGAUGGGUCCCAAGCACUGGACGAGCUCCCGGUUCAACCACGUCAUGAAGCUGAGGCAGGCGGCACUGAAAGCAGCACGACAGCGUUGGGCAGACUACAUACUGUUUGCAGAUGCAGAUAACUUGCUGACCAACCGGCAAGUCCUGAACCUGAUGAUCGCAGAAAACAGGACCAUCGUGGCUCCGAUGCUGGACUCUCGCACCCUCUACUCCAACUUCUGGUGUGGGAUCACCCCCCAGGGCUUCUAUAAGCGCACCCCGGACUACCUCCCGAUCCGGGAGUGGAAGAAGCUGGGCUGCUUCGCGGUGCCGAUGGUCCACUCCACCUUCCUAAUCCACCUCCAGAGAGAGGCCACGCACAGCCUGGCCUUCCACCCCCCCCACCCCGACUACACCUGGGCCUUCGAUGACAUCAUGGUCUUUGCGUUCUCUGUGCGGCAAGCAGGAAUCCAGAUGUACCUCUCUAACAGAGAGCACUAUGGGUACCUGACCAUCCCUCUGAAGGCCCAGCAGACCCUGCAGGAUGAAGUGGACAGCUUCAUCCACGUCCAGAUCGAGGCUAUGAUCGACCGCCCUCCCAUUGAGCCCUCACAGCACCUGCACCUCCCCCCCAAGAGACUGGACCGGAUGGGCUUCGACGAGAUCUUCCUGAUCAAUCUGAAGCGCCGCAGGGACCGGCGGGAGAGGACUGAGCGCAGCCUGGAGGCUCAGGGGAUCAGCGCCACCGUCACUGACGCUGUGGACGGGAAGGCUCUCAACACGUCUCAGCUGCAGGCUCUGGGGAUCGAGAUGUUGCCCGGGUAUGAGGACCCCUACUCCCGGAGGGUGCUGACUCGGGGGGAGAUCGGCUGCUUCCUGAGCCACUACCACACCUGGAAGGAGACAGUGGAUCGAGGCUUGCAGAGUGUGCUGGUCCUGGAGGAUGAUGUGAGAUUCGAACCCCAAUUCAAGAAGAAGAUGAUGUUAAUGAUGGCAAACGUUAAGGGGGCCCAGCUGGACUGGGAUCUGAUCUAUGUGGGACGGAAGCGCAUGCAGCUGGAGCGUCCUGAGCAGGCCGUGGCGGGCGUGCCGAACCUGGUGGAGGCCGAUUACUCGUACUGGACUCUGGGCUACGCACUCUCCCAGCAGGGGGCGCUGAAGCUGCUGCGGGCCGAGCCCUUGGGGAAGAUGCUGCCCGUCGACGAGUUUCUGCCCGUCAUGUUCAACAAGCACCCCGUUAAGAAGUACAUGGAGCACUUUGAGCCGAGGGAGCUGCUGGCGUUCUCCGCGGAGCCCCUGCUGCUGUUCCCCACUCACUACACGGGCGAUGCCGGCUACGUGAGCGACACGGAGACCUCCACCAUCUGGGACAACGAGGGGGUGGAGACGGACUGGGACCGGCAGCACUCUCAACGCUCACGCAAGGCCAGGCAGCAGGGCCACAUCAGCACCGCGGGGCAGAACCACGUGGACAGCCCAGGGGCCACGGCCAGGGACGAGCUGUGAGGGACCCCAACCCUGCUGUCCUGAGACGAGAUGUGUCCGUCUCUCUACACACAUUUACAGCUGCUCCACAGACUGACUGGUCAACUGUAAUCUUCAUCUGAAAUGAAUUUCAUUUAAAGGGGGGGGCAGAUUCAGCUGGUCUCAGAACUCUGUCAAGCCGGGUCUUAAAGGAUCCAAGUGAUUCUGACUAGGCAGCCCAUUCCAUCCCCUCACCACUCUCUGUGAAGACGUGUCUCCUUCCCUCUGUCUCCUCUGUCUGUCUCCACACUGUGUUCCUCUGGUCCUGGUUUCUGUGCUUAAAGCAUUGGCUCAGGUUCUGCCCCCUGAUUCCUCUUUGUUCCAGGUUAAACAGACAGUUCUUUCAGCCUGUAGUAGCAGGAGUCUGAAUGAAUGCUCAGAUCAGGCCCCGCCCCUCUGCCCUGCUGUAUGAAUGAAUGCUCAGAUCAGGCCCCGCCCCUCCGCCCUGCUGUAUGAAUGAAUGCUCAGAUCAGGCUCUGUCCUGCUGUAUGAAUGAAUGCUCAGAUCAAGCCCCGCCCCUCCGCCCUGCUGUAUGAAUGAAUGUUCAGAUCAGACCCCGCCCCUCCGCCCUGCUGUAUGAAUGAUUGCUCAGAUCAGGCCCCGCCCCUCCGCCCUGCUGUAUGAAUGAAUGCUCAGAUCAGGCCCCGCCCCUCCGCCCUGCUGUAUGAAUGAAUGCUCAGAUCAGGCCCCGCCCCUCCGCCCUGCUGUAUGAAUGAAUGCUCAGAUUAGGCUCCGCCCUGCUGUAUAAAUGAAUGCUCAGAUCAGGCUCCGCCCCUCUGCCCUGCUGUAUAAAUGAAUGCUCAGAUCAGGCCCCGCCCCUCCGCCCUGCUGUAUGAAUGAAUGCUCAGAUCAGGCCCCGCCCCUCCGCCCUGCUGUAUGAAUGAAUGCUCAGAUCAGGCCCCGCCCCUCCGCCCUGCUGUAUGAAUGAAUGCUCAGAUUAGGCUCCGCCCUGCUGUAUGAAUGAAUGCUCAGAUCAGGCUCCGCCCCUCCACCCUGCUGUAUGAAUGAGUGCUCAGAUUAGGCUCCGCCCUGCUGUAUAAAUGAAUGCUCAGAUCAGGCCCCGCCCCUCCGCCCUGCUGUAUGAAUGAAUGCUCAGAUCAGGCUCCGCCCCUCCGCCCUGCUGUAUGAAUGAAUGCUCAGAUCAGGCCCCGCCCCUCCGCCCUGCUGUAUGAAUGAAUGCUCAGAUCACAGCUGUCUGUGCCCCACCCCAUCGUGUGUCCAGCCCACACCUGAAAUGAAAGUUGAUGUGUAUAAAAUAGUGAUGAAUUGUAACAGAAGUAAUUUAUGAGUCUAUAAUUGUGAUGCCUUUACUGUAAUGAUUGCUGGAUGAGUUGUUCAGAUGAACUGUGUUUACAGAGCUGCACGGAGAUGACAGUGCAGCCCGUCUCAGUAAAGUGCUGCUGCACA